AUGUGGGGGCGUAACUACAUGGAACAAAUGGGGAACUGCAAUCUUGCUUUUGUGAACUCAAUUACCCAGCAACGUACAACAGGUUUUGAUCCCAAACAGUCAUAUUUCAACUACAUGGGUAUGCUUGCUGUUGAGGGUUCAUACGAUAAGAUGGAGGCUCUUUUAAGCCUAAACAUUCACCCAGUAGACAUCUUAUUGAUGAUGGCUGCAUCAGAAGGUGACAAGCCAAAACUUGAAGAGUUGCUGAGAGCUGGAGCUGAUUACAGUGUCAAGGAUGCAGAUGGACGGACCGCACUUGAUAGGGCGGCUAGUGAUGAAAUCAAGGACUUUAUCCUUGGUUUUUCAGUUCAGAAGGCAUGA